GUUGUUGAGUCAAUUUUAGCUCGGAAGUAUUGUUGUUUAUAAAUUUUAAAAAUAAAAUGGAAAUUGACAAUAAACUUUUAAACAAUGGAGACUGGAGUUUUAAAAAGGUAUUAAUUUUAACAUAAACAAUGAGUGGAAGGAAGUUUAAAUUGUCGAAAAGCCCAAGUUUUAAACUUGUGAGAACAUUCUCUACGGAUCAUCACCAUGCUAAGAGGCGGUCUUUUUCUACAGGUCAGUCAGAAGGGGACUCCACAGACCAUGGGAAUUCCCCACAAGGAAAGUUGACCAGAUCUAGAACCAGUUCCGAGUCCAAGUUGUUUUCACCAAUCUCUGAGAAGUUGCAAGGAAAUUCUCUUCAACCUGUCACAAAGAUCUCAAAGAGGGAGUCAUUGAAGGAGCAAAAGAGAAAUUACCGCAGUCAGAAGAAACAAGCAGCUCGUGAGUUACUAACCACAUUAAAGGACCCGUCUGUUAUUGUGCUUGCUGAUUGGUUGAAGGUUCGGGGUACAUUAAAAAGUUGGACCAAGUUAUGGUGUGUGUUGAAACCAGGCCUACUGGUUCUAUACAAGAGUGAAAAACAAAAGAGCAAUCAUUGGGUUGGAACAGUUUUGCUCAACACAUGUAGGUUGAUUGAGCGGCCUUCAAAGAAAGAUGGUUUCUGUUUCAAGAUCUUCCAUCCCCUGGACCAGUCUAUAUGGGCAACAAAGGGACCAAAAGGGGAGACAAUUGGUGCCAUAGUACAACCAUUGCCUUAUUCCUACCUUAUAUUCAGAGCUCCUUCAGAAGCUGCAGGAAAAUGUUGGAUGGAUGCUUUAGAACUAUCCCUCCGAUGUACCAAUUUGUUGAUGAAAUCUAUGAAAAAGGAUAGUACAGGCAGCAUAGAGGGAAAUGGUCUAAUUGCGGAGAACGAGGCGGAGAUGUCGGACUCCUCGUUACCUCCCAGUCACCAAGACAACGAGCAAGAACAAGACGGUGGAGACAGCAUGGAUGAAAGUGAUUGCGAAAAACAUUUUGCAAAUCAGGGUUUGGAUGAAGACUAUAAGACUGACAGGGAGGAGGCGGCCUCAGAUUCUAGCCAAUCAGAAGAGGAGGAUGACCGGGUGUUUGACGAGGUCGUAAGGUCAUCAUCAGCAUCAUCAAAGCCAUCAGAAACACCGUAUAUUAUGUGUGCUGUUGAAGAACUAGGACAGCAAGGAGAUUCAUGUCAAACAGAAGAAGUUAAUGAUGAAAAUAAAAGUAUUAUUUGGACACUUAUGAAACAGGUGCGACCUGGAAUGGACUUAUCUAAAGUUGUGCUUCCAACUUUUAUACUGGAACCUCGCUCUUUCCUCGACAAGUUAACAGAUUAUUAUUACCACUGUGAUAUCCUCUCAGAGGCUGUUUUACAAGAAGACCCUUAUACCAGAAUUAAAUCUGUGGUGAAAUGGUAUCUUUCCGGCUUCUACAAAAAACCAAAGGGCCUUAAAAAACCAUAUAAUCCUAUAAUUGGCGAGACAUACAGGUGUUACUGGCAUCAUCCGAACACCAACAGUCGUACAUUCUACAUCGCAGAGCAACUGUCCCAUCAUCCACCAGUAACUGGCUUCUAUGUCUCAAAUAGAAAAGACGGUUUUAAUAUAUCUGGAAGUAUUCUGGCCAAGUCUAAAUUUUAUGGAAACUCAUUAUCAGCCCUUCUAGACGGUACAGCUAAACUUUCCUUUCUCAAGAGAGGUGAAGAUUACUAUAUAACCAUGCCUUAUGCUCAUUGUAAAGGGAUAUUAAUAGGAACGUUAACAAUGGAAAUGGGAGGUAAAGUCAGUAUAUCUUGUCCAAAAACAGGGUACAGAUGUGAUCUGGAAUUUAAACUCAAGCCAUUCCUGGGUAUAGGGGAGGCGUCUAACAAGAUAGUAGGAAAGUUAAAGAUGGGAUCAGACACACUGGCACAUAUAGAUGGGCACUGGGACCAGGAAAUCUAUAUCAAAGAUAAAGUCACAGGGGAGUCAUCAUUAUUCUUUGCUCCUACGCCAGACGUGAAAGCAGCCAGGUUAAAGAAAUACACAGUUCCCAUAGAAAUACAGACUGACAUGGAGUCAGAGAGGUUGUGGAAGAAUGUAAGUGAUGCUAUUAUAGCCCAGGACAUGCACGGGGCGACACAGGAGAAAUUUAUACUAGAGGAAAGACAGAGGCAAGAAGCUAAAGAAAGGAAAGCUCAACUGCAGCAGUGGAUCCCGAAACUGUUUGAGAGAGACUCAAUAUCCGGAGACUGGAUUUAUAAACAUAUUGAUAUGCGACCUUGGGACAUCACCAACGACAAGCAUCAGUACGAGUCAGAGUAUUUAAUCUCAACUUGGACAAAACAUCGCACCCCAGUUGUACGUACGUUAAGUAUAACAAGCUUAGAACAAGUCCCGGACAAAUCGUCUACGACAGUUCCCGUUACGAGGCACCCGUCUAAGAUUCAGCGACCUUCCAUGAAAAGGUUAAAGGUCGUCGGUGAAGAGAGCGGCAGUUCUGCGGCGGAGCUCGACCAGAAACAUGACAGUGAUUCAUCAGAACCCGGUAUACGGAAAAGGGUAAGUCGGUCAGCGUCCAAUUCAAGAACUGCCAAGGUGGCUGAAGAUACCCUAGCAAAAUUAUUAGAACCAGUAUGUGUAUUACAACAAGAAACUAACACUCUUGUACAAACUCUACAAAGACAAGUGGUGUCCUUACAACAAAAACUAGACAACAGAGAGGAGAACUUAUUCGGCGGUCAAUCUCAGACGUGGAUCAUUCUCGGUGUCGUACUUCUCUUCCAGACAGUACUUCAGUGGCUUCUCAGAUAGCAAGUGAUGAUUUUAGCAAUAAUUAAUACACUUGUAUCAUAUAGAUAAAUAAAUAAUCACAAUUUAUAUCCCAGGGAUCCAUAGAAAUCUCUAUGGAGGUUUUUUUUUCCGCACUUCACUUGUUUCAGCAUAAUAAACUUAUAGAACAUGUUACUGUAAUGUUAAGUUAAACACUCCCAUGUUACACAAAAUGUAUGUUUUGAUUUGUUGCCAUUAUGUUUCAGAUUUGCGUUAAAAAGUAUAAAGCUAUCACUUGCAAGUUAUAGAUAUGAAUCUGAGAAACUGUAUGACCAUGUUGUUUUCAUAUGUUCAGAGUUUAUCCACAGAACACUUCUAAUAAAGAGGGGGUUUUUUUUAACAGAAAAAAUGUUCCUUCUCAUAAUAUUUUAUUGCUAUUUUAAGCAAGGUUUUCUGGAUGAUUGCACACAUGCUACUGCUAUGGAAAUUUACAAUCAUUUUUAAAAAUUAAAAAUUUACUAAAGCAUUGUAACAGACAGCCCAUUAUAGCUUUGUACCCUAUUAUUAGAAGAACUCAGUUGUUGAAUAAUGUAUUGAAUGAUAACUCAGUUAAUAACCUUUACCAUUAUCUUUUUUAACAACAUAUAUUUUUCAAGCUUCAAUCUAUUUUCAAGGGGGGGGGGGGGAGGAAUCAAAUGUCAGGGUAUAAGUUCUAAUUAAGGGGGAACAGAACUAUUUUAGAGUGAACAGUUCUAUUUCAGGAGGGACAGGCUUAUUUUAGGGGAGACAAUCCUAUUUCAGGGGGAACAAUCCUGUUUCAACGGAUAACAAACAGUCCUACUUCAGGGGGGACAGGCCUAUUUUAGGGGAAACAAUCCUAUUUUCAGGGGAAGUAAUACUAUUUUUGGAAGGAACAGUUCUAUUUUAGGGGGAACAAUCCUAUUUUUGGGGGGACAGUUCAAUUUCAGGGGAAACAAUCAUAUUUUUGGAAGGAAGAGUCCUAUUUUAGGGAAACAUUCUCAUUUCUGGGGGAUAUGAUGCAAUUCACACAAGGCUGUAGAAUUAUUUUUUUCUGAUAAAGCAAGGCAAAAGGACUAUUGAUAUUAUAUUACUCUGUGCAUAUAUUUAAGACAAAACAUGGACACAAACUUAGUAAAGAUCUCAAUAUACACUAGAUUCAUCGUGUGAUGAAACAUAAUGUUAUACAAUAUAAUAUCAUGCUAUGUGAUGAUAUAACAUUAUGUUAUGUGACCCUGUAACUUCAUUUUAUGUGACCGUAAAACAUUGUGUUUUAUGUGACAAGAUCAAGCCAUGUUAGUUAAGAUACAUUAUGUGAUUAACCCAUGUUGUAAUAUGAAAUUGUGUUGCAAUGUCGUAUUAUGUGAUUCAACCUCAAUGUAAUACGAAAACGUAACCUCAUUUUAUAUGACCUAAUAUCACUGGUUCUAUUUUUUUUUCUUUUCUUUUUUUGAGACUUUAAAGGUCAUGUGUGUUCAGUUAAAACAUUUGAUUCCUCAGGGUUUCAUAUUGAAAUAUUUUAUAUGCAGAUAAAUGUAACUCACUUUAGUGAACAAAGAUCCCAUACUAUUAGAUAUGAUUUCUUUUUUAUUUGAAGUAAGAAAUGCUUUUUAUCAUUGCUGAGGUUAGUUUUAUACGAUGACAUACAUUUCUUACCAUUGCUUCAAGAAAGGUUUUGCUUUUAUUUAGUGAAUGGUGGUCUUACAUACAUAUCCGUUGGUAACACAAAGGUGCGUAGGUGUCUGAUUAAAUAAUCUGUCUCUGACUUGGAUACAAACUCACAAUCUGUAGCUGAGUGGUUAGGGUCGUUGACUUCAAAUCACUUGCCCUUGACCGCUGUAUGUUCUAAUCCCAUCACGGCUUUGAAUUCUUUCAUGUGAGGAGGUAUCCAGUUACUUUACGGAAUGUCAGUGAAUCUACUAGGGUGCCCGCUCGUGCCUUAACUAAUGCAUGGAAAGGCACCCGAGGUAUUUCUUUGCCAGUAAAGCUUGAAAGUCGCCUUUUAUUGUGUUGGUGUGAAGUUUAACAAAACAAAAUGCUAGCAUUGUAGGCAAUCAAGCCAAAAAAUCUGUUUUCUGACACAAGUCUUUAAAGGUUGUACCUUUAUAUAUCAAGAUAGUUAUGCACUUUCAGGUGACAGUUUGGUUAAUCAGUGUUCUUAGGUUCUUGUACUUACCCUGUUUGUCAUCUGUAACUAGAAUGUGUUCUAAUCAGCAGUGUAUGUCAUUUGACCUUAUUAUUUGAGUUUUGUGACUGAUUAAUAUUUAUAUAGAAAUGUAUGAUGUUUUUAAACCAUAUGUUUUACUUUAGGAUUAUAAUACAAUACAAAUAUAAAAAAGCAUUAAGCACCUCUAUAUGCUAUGAUUAUAGGAUUUUUCUUCCUGUUGUUAGCUUUCAUUUGUUAUAAUUUGUUUAAGAAUAGUUGUUAGGCCCAUAUAUCUGAAUGAUUGAAAUAUUAAGAUGUUUACAUGUACAUGUGAAGAUAUUAAAAAUGUUUACAUGUAUAUGUGAAGAGAACUGUCAUGUAAAAGUGGUUUGUGAAUUUAUUGUUUUAUGUAAGAAUCAAUUAAUCUGUCUCUCUCUCUAUACUCAGGAAUAUAUUUAUGUUUCCCCCAUUCUAUAACAUUAUGAUUUAGGCAAGGUGUUGUAAUAUGUUACCCUGAUUUUUGUUUUUUAUGUGAAUUAAUUGAUUCACCCAUUAGGAGCUGUUACAAAGCAAUUUUCAAAUUCCAUGAAAAACAACAUUCAGAAGAAAACCAUAUACUGGAAUUUAUGUGAAAAAAAAUUUAUAUUCCAUUAAGACGACUUUAAAUAGGAAACAGUAUACUUAUGUGUAGAAUAAAUUGCAAUUGUAAAGUCAGAAACAAACCAUGGAUUUUGUUGAAAUUACAAAGUGGGGCAUAGAUGACUGAUGAGUGGUUAAGUUUGUUGACUUCAAACCACAUGCCCUUCACCGCUGUGGGUUUGAGUCCCUUUAGGGACUUUGAAUGCUUUAAUGUGAGCUAUGUGGCAGGCUUAUGAAACCUCAGUGGAUCUACUUGGGUGUCUGAAAUAAUGCACGAGGAUCACCACCAUUAAGUCAGGAAAGUUGUCUUUUGACGGUUUCAGCGUUGGUGUGACUUUAUAACAAACACACAAAUCAUAGUGAAGUGUGCUGUAAAUUAUAUGAAAUUUUCACAAGUCAAGCAAAAAUAUUGACUUUUAUGACAAUUACAUUAUUAAUCUAAAACAGACAAUCAUUUCUGCUAGUGCUAAUUUUUGUAUUUUUGGGUAGGGGUAAACGUAAACUGCUUGCUUUCUUGUUGGAUUAAUAAAGAUGCAUUUAUGUUCUACACUUUACUUUUUUGCGAGGAGGCCAAAAUUUUGCCCUAUCAACAUUUCUGUCCAAUAACCAAGGUGAUAAAUAUUUACCAAUUUCUUCUUUCAGUUCUGUUAAGUUUAUAAUGGUAAUCUAGAUACUUGGGGUAAACAUUUUUUUUUUAUUUUUUUUGAGAAAUUAGUAAAAUUUCAUCCCCAGCAAAAAUUUCUGAUUUUUACAAAAUAUUCAUCUGAAACCUUUAUUCUUUUACAUAUUUCUUUCUAGCCUUACCAAGUGUUGUGUUGUUGUUGUUUUUUUUUCCUGAACAAAAUCAAUUGAACUUCAUACACUAAUUUGCUCAUAUUUGUAUUUAGUUAUAGAAAAUAAUGUUGUUUAUUACUGUUUGUUUUAUUUGAUUUGUGCAAUACAUUGUAGUUGUUCAUUCAUUUUGAAAUCAAAUGGAUCUAAAUAUGUUGUUUUUUUCCUAUGAUAUUUAUUUGAUGGUGUUUGGGAUCAUUAUAAAGCAAUGAUAUUAUUAUAUAUUUUGUUUUUGUACAAUUAGUACUUUUGUUUGGUUUACAAACUGAGUUUGCAUUUUAACCAUUUAAAAUACAGUGGCUGCUGUACUAGAAGAACUUUCCUAAGCUUACCAAGAUAGAGCCAUACUUUUUGUAUUUGUAGAAGAAUAUGCAAGGUUUUACCUUUUCACAAACCCUGUAUAAAAAACUAAUAUUAUUCUGGUAAUAAAAUCAUAAUGAACAUAUGUACUAAUUUACCUGGUCUGUUAACAUACUCAAUUUACUAAUAAAAAUGUGUUAUUUUGUCUCUUACUGGCCAAUAUGAACAAAGAAUAUCCAAUAUAUGAAUCAUCCCUCAACAAUCCUGCCAGGACAUAGGAUUAUAGGUUUAAAAUCAAAAUUCAAAAAAAAAAAAAAGAAUAAAUUCAGGGGGGUGGGGUAGUGUCUGGAAGGGUAAAGAUUGAUGAUCUCAAAUCAUUAUACAUGUACUAGACAAGUUUUUGCUAUAAAUAGAGCUAAUUUGAACAAUUUUAAUAAAAAAGUUCCACAAAAUGCAUAUAAUUGAAUGGGCGCUGUAUUUCAACAAUUUUUUUAGCUCACCUGUCACAAAGUGACAGGGUGAGCUUUUGUGAUCGCUUUUCGUCCCUAGUCCGUCCGUCCAUAAACUUUUGCUUUAAAUGACAUCUCCUCAUAAACCACAAGGCCAAUUUCAUCCAAACUUCACAGGAAUGUUCCUUUGGUGGUCACCUUUAAAAAUUGUUCAAAGAAUUUAAUUCCAUGCAGAACUCUGGUUGCCAUGGCAACCGAAAGAAAAUCUUUAAAUAUCUUCUUUUAAACAACCCUAAGAGCUAGAGCUUAGAUAUUUGGCAUGAAACAUCUUCUAGUGAGUGUCUACCAAGUUUGUACAAAUAAAAGCCCUGGGGUCAAAAUUGGCCCCGCCCCAGGGGGUCAUUGAUUUUCCCUAUGUGCAUAUAGUAAAAACUUAAGAAAUCUUCUUUUAAAGAACUCAAAUAGCUAGAGCUAAGAUAUUUAGCAUGAAACAUGUUCUUAUGGGUGUCUACCAAGUUUGUUCAAAUAAAAGCCCUGGGGUCAAAAUUGGCCCCGCCCAAGGGGGUCAUUGAUUUUCCCUAUAUGCAUAUAGUAAAAACUUAAAAAAUCUUCUUUUAAAGAACCCAAAGAGCAAGAGCUAAGAUAUUUAGCAUGAAACAUUUUCUAGUGAGUGUCUACCAAGUUUGUUCAAAUAAAAGCCCUGGGGUCAAAAUUGGCCCCGCCCCAGGGGGUCAUUGAUUUUCCUUAUAUGCAUAUAGUAAAAACUUAAAAAUCUUCUUUGAAAAAACCCAAAUAGCUAGAGCUUAGUUAUUAAGCAUGAAACAUCUUUUAGUAAAUAUCUACAAAUUUUGUUCAAAUAAAAGCUGGGGGGUCAAAACUGGCCCUGCCCAAGGGGUGUCAUUUUUUUUAACUAUAUGUGUAUAGUAAAAACUUAAAAAAUCUUCUUUUAAAAAACCCAAUGAGCUAGAACUUAGAUGUUUAGCAUGAAACAUCUUCUUAUGGGUGUCUACCAAGUCUGUUCAAAUAAACAAAUGAAAGCCCUUGGGUUAAAAUUGGCCGGGGGGGGGGGCUAUUACAGGUGAGCGACCUCAGGGCCAUCAUGGCCCUCUUGUUCAUUUAUUAUAAUAGGCCAAUGUGAACAAAUAUGACACAUUUUGUUAUUUAAUUGCUCUAUUAAGUUUGCAUUUUGUUAAUUAAUUGCUCUAUUAAGUAUGAUAAUUAUGAUGAUAACAAUAAUGUGUCAUUUUGAACUGUGAAGGAACAAUGAUGGUAUUAUACAGAUUUUGAUAUUUUGUUGUUAACCAGAACAAAUGCAAUGUAUAUUGCUCUUUAAUUAUGUGUUUCAUACUCAAGAAUUUUAUGAUCAAAUUAAAUCUUCAUUUGUUGAACAUAACUUUUUUGAUAUAUUACAUAAAUUGCAUGUUUAGACACAAAAUUUAGUUACAUUCUGUUACUGAACUUUGGGAAGGGAUUCAGGUCAGUCCAUUACUGUAUGUAGGGUAAGUCCACUACUGAAUGUAGGGUCAGUCCAUUGCUGUAUGUUGGGUAAGUUUCUAACAGUUUGUAGGGUCAUUCCACUUCUUAAUGUAGGACUAGUCCAUUGCCAUAGGGUCAGUCCACUACUUCAUGUAGGAUAAGACCAUUAAUGUAUGUAGGGUCAGUCCUCUACUAUACCUAAGGUCAGGUCAUUACUAUAGUUAGUAUGUCCCCAAAUAAAUAUAUGGUCAGUCCACUACUGUGUGUAGGUCUAUUCCUUUACUUUGUGUUGGGCCAGUCCGCUACUGUAAGUAGGGUCACACCAUAACUGUAUGUAGCGUCAGUCCUUUACUAUAUGUAGGGUCAGGUCAUUUCUGUAUGAUGGGCUAAUCCACUAAUGUAUGUAGGGUGGGUCCAUUACUGUAUGUAGAGUCGGACUCGGUCCACUAAUGUAUGUGGGGUUGGUCUAUUACUGUUUUAUAUGAUGAUUUACAACAUUAUACUGUACAUGUACAUGUAUCGCGUAAUACAUAUUAUGACAUUAUUUUCAAUAUUCAAUUAUUUUAGAAUGAUAAAGACCUAUUUAAUACCAAUAUGAGAUCAGGUUUGAAAUAUAAAUGAAAUAACAAGUGUUUUAACUUGUUUAUAUUCACUGUUAUUUAGUUACAUAUUCCCUGAUCUUUAAUUUAUAGCAUUGAUUAAUAAAUGCAUAAUGUGUAUAAUUAUAUAAGAAUACAUAAAUAUGUUUGUAACAUAUGACUGUUAUAUAAUAUCUUGUUAAGCAAUGUUGAUUAAAAAUUGUACAUAAUAUGGAACCUGUGCAAUAAAACAGUUAAAACAAAGAAACAGAAAA